AUGACGACCUACAUACCCUCCCUCACGCUGCCAUCGAUCGUCUUCGAGCAGCCUGCCGCAGCCAUAUUGCUACCCGUUGUGGCAGGCACGGCUGUGGGCUUCUCGACUCGACCCUCGGAGACCCAAAAGACAUAUCUCGAGCUCCGACAACCGCCUCUCAGGCCACCGCCAUGGAUCUUCGGACCGAUGUGGACAGCGUUGUACGGGCUGAUGGGUUAUGCGGCGUACCGGGCACAUAGCACGGGCAUGUCGAGUCUUGAUCCUACAAAAGUGGCUUUGACGAAGCAAGGUGCGACACUCUACACUAUUCAACUUGCACUGAACCUCAUCUGGAUGCCACUCUUCUUUGGCUAUCAGCGCCCGAUCGAGGCAACAAUCGACAUCGUGGCGCUCACAGGCUUGACAGGCUAUCUCACAUACGUUUGGGGUCAGGUCGAUGAGGUAGCGGGAUACUGUCUCGUGCCAUACCUUGGAUGGUUGAGCUUCGCGACAUAUCUUAGUGCUGGUUGCGGCUAUUUGAACAACUGGGACUUCUCGGGCAAGGAGAAGCCGAAGAGCACAAAGGGCGGAAGCACGAAAUAUGUGGAUGAGAAGGCCGAAUAG